AUGGCGUCAGAAAGGCAAAGUGAGGAUACAGAGCACCCAUCUGAGCCUCCUGCAGCUCCCCUUCAGAGUGGCAGAACAUUUCGAUGGGAAGCCAUAUUUGCGGCAGUGAAAGAUCAGCUCCCAUCUCUGGACUCUGAUGACUCCACAUCUGACUGUGACAGUGAUGGGGAGCUUUUCAUCUUCCAGCGGGAACAGCCAAACUUAAUUCCUGAUCUGUCAGAAGAACUGAUGGAGUUUUCCCUGGAAGACUCAAACAUGCAGCAAACCCAGGAAAAAGAAAGCCAUCCACGGGAGAUCUGGAGUGGAGAUCUAGAAAGCUUUGGCUUUCAGAAAAAAACAAAUGAUGCCCAAAUCAUUGCAAAAGAUGAUGUACAAAUGAUUAAAGAUGAGACUCCCAAUCUUGCCAGCUAUACUGAAGAAAUACCAAGCCAAAAGGCAGCUGGUUUUGAAGAGUCUCUUGCAGAGUCCACGGAUUGCCUUGAAGAGGAAGAACCGGACAGGACACAGGCCAGGGAAAGCUGGAACUCUUGGUUUAAUACUGCAUUGUCUGUGGAGGAUUUGAGCAGCCGGAAAGAGAGAAGAAAACUGAUAGAGACAAAAAUACUCUCCAAAACAGUCCUGGAACCAUCACCAGGUCACCCAGAGCCAGAUGUCAAGCCUCCCUCCCAUGAUGUUAGCAACAGUCUAGAAAGAACUGAUAAGGAAGAAAACUCCUCAGAUCACCUUCAAGGACUGACCCAUCUGUCACUGCAGAGUAUUGAGAAAUGGGAUCUAGACAAGAUUCUUGAGGAGCUGGAGCAGCAGAAAGAUAACACUCAUGCAGAAGUUGCUUUCACCUCAGCAGAUGAUGGCACCUUCAGGAGAAGAUCUGAAAAUCAGCUCAUGUUAAAACUAGAAGAGCUGUGUGCCAGGCAGUCCAUGACAGUGUCUCCAUAUUGCAGGUGGUCACGAGCCAAGCUCUCCUUUCAAGAACAGCAGGAGAAUAAGGAUAUUGCCUUGCGAUCAUCUCCACGAAGUUCUUCAAGGAUGGAUAUGGUGAGCUUACAGAGCCUGCCAGAGCCUGCAACCGUGUACAUCGAUCUGAGAGAUGCUAAACCACAGAAGUCGGUAACAUUCCCUCAUGAGCAACAAAGCACAAGCGACAGCUCCACUGAAGAAGAGGAGACUAUGAUGACUGAGGACCAAACAGAAAGGAGAAGGAGGAAUUGCUCAGCAAAAAGCAUGCUACUGCAACAACUCCAUAAAGCCCGUAAGGAAGCCUCAGAGCUUCCUCAUGAAAUCUCUACCCCAUCUGAAAAACUUGAAGGCAUAGAACAGGAUCCAGAAAUCCGGGAAGAGAUCGAUUCCUCUGAAAUAAAUCAAACCCCAUAUUCUGAAGUGAGGCAAGAGACAA